UAUAAAUACCGGCAUUCGCGGGACUCGAGUAGCCCACCACCCACGCCGCGGCCCGGACCUCCGCCGCCUCCGCCUCCGCCCGCCUAGGGUUCCGCGCCGCAACGAUCCAAACCCGCCGCCUCCCGCCCUUCAACUCGCGCCGCCGCUCCGCGACCGAUUAUGGAUCUGCUAUGUAGUCCCUUCAGGGGAGUUAUUGCUGAUGUCAAAGGAAGGGCAGCCUGGUACAGACAUGAUUGGGUUGCAGGACUCCGUUCUGGCUUCAGGAUAUUGGCACCUACCAUGUAUAUCUUCUUUGCCUCUGCACUUCCUGUGAUUGCCUUUGGCGAGCAACUGAGCACGGCAACAAAUGGUAGACUCACAACAGUUGAAACAUUGGCAUCUACGGCGAUAUGUGGCACCAUACAUUCAAUUCUUGGAGGGCAGCCUUUGUUGAUUGUUGGAGUUGCCGAACCAACUAUUAUCAUGUACACUUAUCUCUACAACUUUGCCAAGAAGCAGCAAGGCCUGGGAGAGCAACUAUAUUUGGCGUGGACCGGAUGGGUCUGCAUCUGGACUGCCAUCAUGUUGUUUCUUUUGGCAAUGUUCAAUGCUUCCAACAUUAUUAGCAGAUUUACAAGGGUUGCAGGGGAACUUUUUGGGAUGUUAAUCACUGUUUUGUUCUUGCAAGAGGCAAUCAAGGGGAUCAUAAGUGAAUUUAGUGUUCCUGAAAAUGCAGACAGCAGCUCGCCAAUACACCAAUUCCAGUGGCUGUAUGUCAAUGGCCUACUUGGUGUCAUAUUUUCCAUUGGCUUACUGUACACUGCAUUGAGGACCAGGCGAGCAAGGUCAUGGCUGUACGGAGUAGGGUGUCUUAGAAGCUUCAUAGCUGAUUAUGGUGUCCCACUUAUGGUAAUUGUGUGGACAGCAUUGUCAUAUACCCUGCCAAGCAAGGUGCCGUCAGGAGUCCCCAGGAGGCUGUUGUCUCCACUUCCCUGGGAGUCAAGUUCACUGGGACACUGGACCAUAGUGAAGGAUUUGUUUUCUGUCCCUCUGGCGUAUAUAUUUGCAGCCAUUCUACCUGCUCUGAUGGUUGCAGGACUUUACUUCUUUGAUCAUAGCGUAGCUUCACAGUUGGCGCAACAAAAGGAGUAUAAUUUGAAGAAGCCUUCUGCCUACCAUUAUGACAUUUUUGUUCUUGGAAUCAUGGUCCUGCUCUGCGGUUUGAUUGGCAUCCCUCCAUCUAAUGGAGUCCUUCCUCAGUCUCCCAUGCACACAAGAAGUCUUGCUGUCCUUAAGAGACAGUUGCUAAGCAAAAAGAUGGUUGAUACUGCCAAGGAGAGCAUAGGGAAAAGUGCAACCAGGUUGGAAAUAUAUGGCAAGAUGCAAGAAGUUUUCAUCCAAAUGGACAGCGAACAGAAUGCUGAUUCUGUUGAUAAGGAAUUGAAGAACUUUAAGGAUGCUGUUCUGCAAGAAGGUGAUGAAGAAGGGAAAUUGGCUAGAGAAUUUGACCCUCGGAAACAUAUAGAAGCCCACUUGCCUGUUCGAGUGAAUGAACAGAGACUGAGUAAUCUACUGCAAUCCAUAUUGGUUGGUGGUUGUGUUGGAGCUAUGCCAGUCAUCAGGAUGGUACCAACAUCGGUUCUCUGGGGUUACUUUGCCUACAUGGCCAUUGACAGUCUACCUGGGAAUCAGUUCUGGGAGAGGAUCCAACUUUUGUUCAUCAUGGAAAGCCGACGCUACAAGGUUCUUGAAGGUCCUCAUGCGUCUUUUGUGGAGUCUGUGCCUCCUAAAACAAUAGCCAUCUUCACGAUCUUUCAGUUGGUUUACCUCCUGAUAUGCUUCGGCAUAACAUGGAUACCGAUAGCGGGUAUUCUGUUCCCAGUGCCUUUCUUCCUUAUGAUACUCAUCAGGCAGUAUCUCCUCCCAAAGUUUUUUGAUACAAUGGUAUUGAGGGAAUUGGACGCAGCUGAGUAUGAAGAACUUGAUGGCGUCCCCCACGAACACACACUGGAGGAUGAAGUAUCUGAGGUAGGAAGCUGCAUUAGCCGUCCAGAUGCUGAGAUAUUGGACGAACUCACAACCAAUCGCGGAGAACUAAAGCACAGAACUUCAAGCCUACGUGAAGAAAGACCGGUUCAGGUUCCUUCAAGUGCUGUUCAGCCGAGCCUGUGAAGAUAGGAAAGUGCUCUUUCUGUGGAAGUGAUGAUCCUCAAGCUGCAGUCCGUUGGGGUGAAUAUUGCUGCCACGUAAUGUACUACUUAUGGUGGUGUACUUGGGCUUUUAACCCAAACGCAUCUGUGUGGAAGGUGUAAUUUGUAAGGACAGGUAGAUACCGUAAACUAGGAGUGUUUGGAAAGGGUAAGAAGAGAUAAGAAGAGAGAACAGAUGCAAGAUAGUCCUGGAUGUGGAAGGGAAAUUUGGCCGAACGGGAACGAAGUAGAACCAUAUCAAAUAUCAGUAUUUAAAUAGACUGUACGGAUGGCCCUUGCUUCGUUGUGUGUCUCGCGGAUUAUCAAAUAUCAGUGCAGCGAGUCAUUGUUGUCAAGUUA